AUGGAUCUCUUGAAGCAAAGGUCCCUCUGGGCCCUGUUUCUGGUUAUUGGGCUCGUCACAGCCCACGGCGGUCAUGAAAAUGUUCCCGAGGGGGAAACCGUCUCUCAAGAUCCGAUUGACUCGACCUUAUGGAUCCAUAUGAUCCUUAUGGGCUUCACAUUCGGGCUUGUCUUCCCAUUUGGUAUGGUUCUAGGUAUCGUUCGUUCUCGCUGGCACGUUCCCGUCCAAGUAGUUGGAACCGUUAUCGCCGUCGUUGCCUAUUUCCUCGGCCACGCGCACAAGGGUCGUCAGUUCGCGCCGAACGUCCACCACUCCUUCGCAAACUGGUUGAUGCUCAUGCUUGUCGCGCAAGUUGGACUGGGAUUCUACUUGAAGUUGCAUCUUGAGAAGGGCGGCCAGGGCCGUAUCAGGUGGAUCUUUGUGCUUGCGCACGGUGUUCUCGGAAAGCUCAUGCCGGUUGUUAGCUGGGCACAGAUGCUCUUCGGUGGUAUUGCCAUGAUGGGCUUCUGCCAGGCCGAUCACAUGGGUCAGUGUCUUGCGCACUUCAUCAUGGGCUCUGCUUUCAUCGGGUACGGUAUCUGCUUGACCAUUCUUCUCUUGGUGGGACAGUACUGGUUACGCCGGACGGGACGGAGCCAGGAGUUCUUCGACUCGUUGAUUAUUGCGGCUUGGGGCUGUGUGAAUACCUUCACCGAGCACCGGUGGGGACAGCCAUGGGCGCACAACGAUUUGCAGCACACCACUAUGGGUAUUGUUUGGUGGUGUGCUGGUCUUCUGGGAAUGUGGUUGAGUCGCAGCCGUGAUGGGCGUCCUAAGCGCAAUCUUAUUCCUGCGAUUGUGAUCAUGAUGACUGGUUAUGCGAUGUCUGCUCAUGCACAGAGUUUGAUGAUCAGUACUAUGAUCCAUACCGUCUUUGGGUACACAUUGAUGGCUGCUGGUUUGACUCGUGUUAUCGAGAUCUCGUUCGUGCUGCGUGAUAAGCCUGCUAUUAGCAUGAGUGGUCGUGACCCGAACAGCUUCCAGUACCUGACACCAUUUUUGCUGUACGCCUCUGGAUUCUUGUUCAUGGGCGCCACCGAGGAACAAAUGCAGCUCCUUAACGACGCGGGUAUUACUCACGUCUCCUACGUGCUGAUCCUCUACAGCGUUGCCUUCAUUAUGUUCCUAUUCGUCAACGUGCUACUGCAUAUCUACGCCGUCCACGCUUGGCCCAAUGGUAACGAGGAAGAAGAAGCCCCCAAGUACAGCAACGUUAACGGAAUCCACAUGAAUGGCAACGGACGUGCUCGUUCCAACUCCGAAGCCCAGCGCAUUCAGGAUGCCGAAGGCUUUGAGUUGCAGGGCCUCAUUAGUGACGAUGAAGAUGAGGAGGGCACCUCUAUGGGCCCUAAGAAGACGACCGAUGAAGAGAUGGGCGCAAAAGAAACAACUCACGCUUGA